AACUGAGUGACUUCAUUUGUCCUUACCGUCCUAACUACUCUCACAUGUGGUAUAGGUGUCGCCGAAAAUUAACAAACUCGUACACUGUGAAAAAAGGAAAUUAAAGUAGCAUUCAAGGCGCUGCAGGUGAAAGAACUCGUAAAUGGUUUUUACGCGAUGAAUCCAAGAUCCGUGAAUCCAGUCGGUUUGAAGUCGAUUGGCAAUCCAGUAGUUCUGUCAUCAUCAGGUAGCAGCUCUAGCAGCUUAAUUUUUCAAUCUAAAGAAGGAACUAUAUUCGUCAAAGAGAAUGUCCACAGAUGAGCGACACUUGCUCAUUAUGGUUGAAAGGCUGCCUGAUGAGAUUGCGCAAGUGUACAGCCGAACAAAACAAAAGAAGUCUUUGCAACACAGAAACUCCUUCAAGCACCGCAAGUUGAAAGACAAAGCUAAAGAUGGAGGGUGUGGUGAAAGUGAUGGUACAGUGUUGUCCCCAGCUGCACGUGAGACUGGAAAGCUCACCACUGUAACCCCAUCUCAUCUUCCAAUGUCAUUGCCAAUGUACAGCCGUAGCAUUUCAUUGUCAUCAACUCAUGAGGAAAAGACUGAAGCUGGUAAUCAGAGUUUGAAGGUCAAGGUCAAAGUUGAGCCAAGAGUUAAGGUCAAGAUCAAGCCAAACAAGAGAGGAAGGUCUCUCGACUCAAACAAGGUUUUGCGGAAGAUCAAGAUACGCAAGAUUUCCAAGGAUGCUUCGUCACCCAACGCACCUGAAAAUGACACAAACAGUGACACGAAAGUUGUCUUUGGCAAAGAUAUUGAAGAGGGUAGUAGCAAAGGGCCAUCUGAAAAGUAUGAAAUUGUUUUAUCAUCUGGAAGGGUAACAGACUUGCAUGAAGAAUCUGUUGCAGCUAGUGAAGAAUCCAUAGAUGCUGAACAGAACACUAUUACCAAAGGUAAUGUUGAGGCCUGGCUUAAAGAUCAUGUUGAUCAGCCAAGUGAAGGAAUGAAAGGGGACACGGGCAGUAUUUCGGAAGAAUCAACUGUCAAAGAAACAGAAACCUCUGAUGAUUCUUCAGUUAACCAAGACACCGAGUCGUACAACACUGACCAUGAAGACUUUGCAGAAAGUGAUGGCUCACAGAGGACAGAGAUUGAUGCCGCCAGCUGCACAAGUUCAGACACUGAGAUUGAUGAGGCAGAUCAAUGCCAGCUGAAAGUAGCUAGUUCAAUUGAUGUGGAAACUGUGCCAUUGAUGUCAAAUGAAGGAUCCUGUCAUAGUGACAUGCUGCAGGAGUGCUCUACUGCAUUGGAACACAUAGUGUCAGAAGUGUGUGCUGAGAAACAGGUGUCAAUGGUGGAGGACAGUGGCAACUCUGGCAAUGAUUGUGUUGACAUCAAGGCAGAUACAGUGCUGUGUAAUUCAGCGUCAGCAGAAACCGAGGACGUGUCGGUGCAACCAAACGAAGCUGCAGAACAGGUCACCGUAGAAGUACUUGAUGAUGACCUGUGUGAUGAUGAGCAAAAGGAAACCGCUUCAAACAUAGACUUUAUUGACAUCACUGAAGAUGCACUUGUGCUGAGCCCUCAGGUAGAGGGACCCAAUCCGCCUACAAAAACAGUCAUGCCACCUGAUUCAUCUACAGGUGAACCUAACAAUGGCAAAACUUCAUGUUCGGUUGACGUUGUAGAUCUCACCAAUGAUGAUGUUGACUGCUAUGUUGUCAGCCCUGUGAACGAACAUGACGUGGCAGCUACCUCAGGCAUGACAGGAGUCUGCAUGGCAGCAGCCAAAGAGCUUGACCUGUUCGCUAACAUGACCAUUUUGGAGAGUUGGGACAUAGAAGCAGAGUCGAUUCUCGCUUGCACAGGAGAAUAUUUAGGCCAUCUAGAAAAGUGUUUGACAAGCCUGGAUCUGAUGGAAGAAGCAUUCAAGACCAUGCUUGUCACAGCACUGCGGGAAAAGGGCCAAGUGUUCAAACAGAUCUUUGUACUGCUGAAAAAAUUGCUUUGCCACUCUGAGCAAAUGAACAGAGUGCUAUCUGUAGAAUCUGGCUUUUAUGUUCUUUUGGGAAUUGAAAACCCACCACAUACCUUGUGCAGCCAUCGAAUCUCUGGCACGGAGGCAAAGGAACCAAAUAGUGCUACUAAAGCGCUUAUUCGACGACUUUCGGCUGCAGUAAAUGAUGACCAUAAUAAAGUCGCAGUUGAAAAGACCGCUAUUGCCCAAGAAGUUCCUUUGGCUGAGCAUCGACCUUUACAGCGAGUGAACAGUGCUAAUGAGUAUGGCUUGAAUACUAUCAACAGAAAGUGCUCAAAAGUGGCCAUUGAUCCACCUCCAAGUCGUGCAAGAACAACAUGGAGGCAUCUAGUAGCUGCUGCUAAUAGAAGAGAACGUGAAUGCACAGGAUUUAGGGCUGUUACUGCCACAAUGCCAGUGGUUUCACAGUCAGAUGAAAGGAGAGCAUCAUUAGGACUGCCAUUAAUCCGGAAUGACAGAGCAGUAGCACUUGCAACAGCUCGUGUAAACAUGGAGAGCCAUGUCAGUCUCCAACGUGACAGGUCAUCAUCACAGUCAACAUGUAGCAUGCCAAAACAGCAGCUCGACUCAAGGAGUACAACACAGCAGCUCAACUCAAGGAGUACAACAGCACCGAACUUACAGGCCAUCACACAGAGGCAAGUGCACCAUGGCCAACCUAUGCACAAGCAAGGCAGUGACCCAAACGUCUCUACAUUACUAAAGGAGUUGCAGCAGAUUGCAAAUGGGAGUUUCACAGCUCCAAGCACAAAUGCUGAUGCACGAGAGAAGGUUGUCACUGUGGAGGCCAAACAGGCACAGCCUUUGAGACAAGCUACUGCAACAUCAACCAGCGUUGCUGCAUCUUCGUUAUUGUCAGUGUCAUCUGUUACAUCGGCAUCCCUCAGCCGCCAAAUCUCACUGUUGCCGGUGGCCACCACAGGAUGCAGUACCAAGGUCACAGCACUGCCAGUGAAUGUGACUGUCUUGCCUGCUGCAACAUCAGCUUCAGCUCCUAUGUUAUCUGCCACAACCACCAGCACAUCUGUAGUGGGAGGAACCAAAUCAGUCCCUCAAGCCUCAGCUGCUAGGGCAAGCCCGCACAGCAUUCUGCAGAAGCUCCAGCGAAACACAGGUUUGACGGUCAUGCCAGUACAGCAGAGGGAAAAGCUAGCCAAAGAGGAUACUGCUGCAGAUGGGAGUUCAUUACAGAAAAAUAUCCCUGUAGAAGUGACUGCUGCUUCUAGUGAAACGGCAUCAGUGUCCAGGGACAGUGUAAUUGCCGUGCCUUCAGGUCUGAGCAUAACAAGCACACCGGCAAGAGUUUCUACAGCUGACAAGACUGCAACCAGAACGUCUGAACAGGUGGCUGUAAUACAGCUUGGCAAGGGCAGCCAGCGCCACUUGCCUCUUUCUGCAGCCAAGCCAACAGCGCUGGCAGUAAGCACCACAUCUGGCGGGCGUAUCAACUUGACUGUGUCACAACAGCCCACGAAUGCUCCAGUAGUGCGAGCUGUGAUUCAGAGAACAGUAAAUAUGGGUAGCACAGCUGCAAGAUCAGUGCCAUCUCAGCAACAAAGAACUGUUGGUUACAGCAGGCAUGUGCUUGAUGCAAGGUCCACACAGAUCUCUUCCACGCACCCUUCCCCUGUUGUGUCUAGGAGUGUGACAACAGAUGCAAGUUCAAGGACUGUGGCAGCUCCAUUGAAAUCCACAACCGUGAUGACAACUUCCCACCGACUUCUGUUGCCAAGGUUGCCUGCGGGAGCACUUCAGCCUGUGAGCACAGUUUCUGGGCAAAGUGUACCCCGACAGCCACCAGUACAGGCUACCACAAGUGUUGCACCAGUUCUGGUGCAAGCCACGACACUGCAGAAUGUCCGGUGGUCCCAGCAACAGCAAAGUCAGCAGUUGUGUGUGGCCGUGCCGGGAUUUCGUGUGGUGCAGGCACCGAGUUUCCAAGGCAGAGCAGUGGCUGCAGCGCCACCACCACUGCAAUGGUGCGGUCCCCCCAUGGCAGUCGGAAGACCUAUCGCCACCAACAUCUUGCGCCAACCCGCGACCAUUCCUCCAUUCCCCUGGGGAGGCUUUGUGCCACAAGACCCUCGCUUUGUGGGCAGGGCACCCCUCAGUGGACCACAGGCACAUCCUCCUGGGCAAGCCAUGCCGACACAACAGCCAAUCUUGCCUCGGCCUCCUCCACCACCCUACUACAGAUAACCCAAGUUCACCCUGGGCUCCUCCUCUGCCACCUGGGUAGCAUCGGCAUUGACAGCCUCUUGUGGUAUUCUUUGUUCAGGGGUAGAAUGCAUUUUGCAUAUUUUGUUUAAUAUGCAAGGCAGGCAUUCUUAUUGGAUUAGGCUCGUAAUGUAUUGUGGGCAGGAAACA